GAGCAAGAAAUAUCGUAUUAAGUUUGUUUUAAAAGCAGUUGAAGACAUGGCUCGAAAGGGGCAGAUUACGAUUCAAGAGACUGUGGAAACCAACGAGGAAUUUGAGGAAGCUUUAACUACAUAUUAUAACGUACUGAUAUGCAUGGAAGUGUAUUCAGAGUUCUGUGGAUAUUGUCUAGCAACCUCAAACGCAAUCAGAAAGGGAAAACUUGAAAUCGGUCAAGAGCGUAUCUACAUGGUUAAGGCUGCAGCUGAUAAUAUCGACGUAUUAUCCAGAUUCAGAAAUAAAAGCGAACCAACAUUUCUCUUUAUAUCGAAGGGCAAACUAGUGCGUGCUAUGUUCGGCGCAAACGGUUUGGAACUGUGUCGUAUUAUAGAAGAGGAGCUUGGGUUGAUGAAAGAAGAGGCAGAGACAGGUGUUGAGCGACCGAAGCAAGAGAUAAGCGAAUUAUUACCAGAAGAAGCCGCUAGAAUAGAAGAAGAAUUCAAGAUGGAAGAGGAAACACGGGAAGCUCAAGAAAGACUUAGAGUUUUAACCAUCGCAGCGCGGAAGAAACGAGUGUGCGAGCGUCUAGCGAGGAACGUCAGACAUUUGAACUUCAUACUCUACUGGCCGCAUUGUCACCAGGCUCACUUGGACUUGUAUGAAAAGUGGGAUCAGAUCAGUAUCCAAGUGGCCGCCAAAGAAACCUACCAAAUGACAGAGGCGGCAAUCAAAGAAGCUCUGUACAUGAGUGACGUGGAGCCAAACGAGGCUUGUCUCUACGCCCUCAUGAAGGGGGAAGCGUUAGUCGUCUUGUUUAAAAUACAAGAGAGUGAUACAAGGGACUUUGUCAAAUUGAUGCGUUACACUAUAUACGAAGAGAUCCCCAUACCAAAGGAGGACCAACCGCCGGAGAAGCAACUACCCCCCAUACCACCGUAUGAACGAUACGCUACUAUAAGCAAAACUGCUAGGGAAGUUCGCAGGGAGAGAUAUGAAGCCAGAAUGCAGAAGUUGCGUGAAGAAAGAGAGGAAAGAGAGCGUUUGCAAGCUGAACAGGCGCGCCUGGCAAGAGAAGCUGAAGAAGAGAGACAGAGACAAGAGAAACAGAGGCAAGAAGAGGAAAGAAUGGCAAGAAUUCAAGCUGGAUUGCCAGCUGAGCCAGAACCAGAAGCUGCAGGCGAAGAAGUUGAAGGCGAAGAGGCGUUAGAAGGGGAACAAGCUGAAACCGAUGCCCCAACAGAGGCGACCGAAGCGGAUGAGCCUGAGAAGAUAGAAGAAGAACAAGUGGAGGUAGAAGAAGAGUUUCAUUCUGACGUCUCCAUAGAAGAUGAGGAGUACAUACCACCUGGGGGUCUCUUCGUGCCGGGGUUGUACACACCGCCUAAUGAAUUGGCGAAAGCUAACGGAUUGGCUUUCUUUUUUCCCAAGGUGGUGAGUCGGAUAGCUCCAAUAGAGUCUGAGCAUUUACCAUCACACGUACUAGUGAUGUUCUCCGUCGAUAAACGACACGAGGUCAAGGAGAUUAUGAGCCAGUUUCCCGGUGAAGUGAUUAACUACGGAUUUUUUGUCGGAGAUGACCCUACAUCGGCUGAGCAUGUUGCGUUCACCAUAAAACAAUAUGACAAGAUGACUCGAUACAAAAAGCACAAAGACCGUCUGGCCCUCAUGGUAUCCCGCAAACGCAGUCUCCCAUUACUGCAACUGGCUGGUCUGAACCCGUGCUACAUCAGCCUGGACGCGGAAGCCGGAGAGCGAGACUGCCUCACACUGUUCCCCGUGGGCUACGGCGAUGAAUACGAGGAGGAGGAGAGCGUUGAAGAGGAGGAAGUUCAGGAGAUUGUUGCUGAACCGGAACCGGAGCUUGAGGUCGCAGUUAGCGAACACGCAGAAGAAGAGGAAGACGAAGAAGAAGAAGAUUAAAUGAUAAUAAUAGUAGUUUAAUCCCUAUCCCAACCAAUAUCAUAAAUGCGAAAUCUGUGUGUAUGUCUGUCUGUCUGUCUGCUAGCUUUAUAGUCUUGAUGCAACUCUAAACCUCUGGUAGUGGUAGAUGAUUCUUGCGACUUCAUCCCCGUAAAAUUCCAAGUUUUUGAAAAUUCCAAGGGAACUCUUCGACUUUCCGCGAUAAAAAAUAACCUUUAUCCAGGAUGCAAACCGAGAUGGUUUGAGAUGUGCUCGUCAAAAUUAGGUAAAUGGAUCGUGAAAACAGACAGACGAACACACUUUCGCAUUUAUAAUAUUAGUAUGGAUUAACUAUGAAUUUUAAUCUAAUAUUUCGUUGCUUAUCCAUUAAGAUAUUUGUAGUAUUGGCAUAAACAACUACCAUUAAACUUU